CGUAUCCAUGACAGUCUAUCGGCUGUAAGCAUAGACACCGGACACGGCGUGAAAGCCAACAGGAAACUCCACUUAUUAGAGGCAAAUACGGCUUAUUGUUGAGAGGGAUCGUCCACGUGUGGGGUCUGUGUUUCUUUCACAAGUGAUUACAAUGAAUUAAUCUGACACUGAUAUACUUUGAAUUUGGUGGAAGCCGUGACGAGAAGAAGCUGAGACAAUGCUGGGCACGGGGGGAAACAAGGCAGCGGCGCUGGUGACGAUGGCGGUGAUAACAAUUAUAGCGGCGCUUGUUCCGCUCUACGUCCGAAAGCUGCUAAAGGGCCGCAUGCACCUGCCCCGCACACAGAGGGCGCUGAGCGGGUGCCUGUGCUUCGGCGCGGGGGUGCUGAUGGCAACGGUGUUCCUGCAUCUUCUCCCCGAAGCCCGGAUGUUUGUAAACGACGCCAUGCAUGGAGGUUUCCUGCCGCACACUCCUUAUCCAGUGGCAGAGCUCAUCGUCUGCGUUGGAUUUAUCAUUAUUUACAUCAUUGAAGACGUGGUACACGCAUGUGUCAAAAAAACGCCCAGCAACAAAAGCCAUAAGGAAUUGGAAAUGAAAAGAAAAAAAGCACAAGACAAAGACGUCAGACAUGAAAACGCAGAGGAAGGAAGUAAAUCAAGAAAACAGGAGGAAGUGGACGAGAGUUUCCAGCAGCUCAUGGAAGGCCACACAGAGCACAGACCGGAGCUCGGGGGCCAUGCCCACGAGCACGGCCUCACCCAGGGGAUUUCCCUCCUCCGCGCCGUCAUCGUGGUGGUGGCGUUCUCCUUCCACAGCGUGAUGGAAGGCUUAGCCCUCGGCCUGCAGGAGACGUCCGCGGGCGUGUGGUUCCUCUUCGCCGCCCUCAUGGCCCACAAGGUCUUCAUUGCCUUCUGCUUGGGCAUGGAGCUCCUGGAGGUCGGGGUAACCCUCGUUCCAUUCGUGGUGUCCAUGGUCAUCUUCUCGCUCUCGUCGCCCGUUGGAGGGGCAAUGGGCGCGCUGGUGCUGUCCCUGUCCACUGGAGAGACCACGGCAGGCGUCCUGGUGCCCACCUUUCUACAGGGGAUCUCUGCCGGCACCAUCUUGUACGUGACCUUCUGCGAGGUCCUAGAAAGAGAGAGAGCCAAGCCCGACGGCGGCCCCGUGCGCCUGGUGUGCUUCAUCAUCGGGUUCGGGUUCAUGUCCGGCUUACAGGUUUUGGACGAGGCGGGCAAUAAGCUGGCGUCCUCGCUGACUGCGCCUGUAGCCAACAGCUCAAUCGUUUAGGCUGUGUUAUUUAAGGAGCAGGUGCUGAUACGUGUACUUAGCAGGUUGUGCCUACUGUUCUACAUCAUUUUUUGACACUAAUCAACAGGGCACUUUUUGUACAUUAUAUCUUUACCAAUACUAAUGUCACUGCCAUCACCAUCUUAAGUAGCGUGUCCAAACCAUUCCAAAAGGAGGGGGGGGCGGAUUGUAACUGGAUCCGCCAUUAUUCAUUUUCGUCGUUAAAGACAUCAGUGUUAUUUUAGCACCAUUGUUACCACUACUUUUUGGCACCAUCUUUGCUUUUUUGUAGCCUUCAGUCCACUGCUUCACCAUCAGCUCUAUAAAUCUGCGCAGUAGUAAAAAAAAUCUAGUAUGUCAUAAAAAGGGCAUAGAGACCUUCGCAGAGAUGAAACUGAAGUGGUUCAGUGUUGUAUUGUGAUAUAGGUAGAGCAGCAUCAUUCUUGCCUUUGUGAAGUUCAACGUUCUCAUUCAUGUCUUUCCUGUACAUGUCGCGCUGCACUGCCCUAAGAAUGUCGUAAAUUUAGGAACACUAAUGCUGCGGGUUCGGUCAUUGUUAACUAGUUAUUUCACAUUUGUCGGUUACUUUAUACUUACUUGUAAUAAACAUUCCAUCAAGGACUUUUAACUAAGAA